UUGGUCGCAGUUUGACAUUGUAUUCGAAGCAAAUCUCAUUCUCUGUGGCAUCUUUUACCGUUUUCUCUCCAUCAUGAAGUGCCUGAUCACACGAUUCUGGAUGUUGGCUCUGCUGGUCUCCCAGGCUCAGACUAAUGCGACAGUGACGACCGGUGUGGCAACAACUGAUGAUACUUCAAAUACAGCUUCAACUUUUCUGUCAACAAUUGAUGCAACUUUAGUUACAAGCACAGAUCCAACCACUGUAGAUUCUACAACUACAGCUCAACCCACUGUUCCAACAAUUUAUACUACUUCACCCAUAAUAACCAGAAUAAAUACUUCAGAUACAACUCAACCCACUCUGACAACUUUGCAGGAAAGUGUGACAACUUCAUCAGAUCAGCCUACCACAAUGUCUCCAUCUUCAGAGCCCACCAUGAUUCAAACGACCGAAUUUUCAAGCAACAUGACUGAUAUGACCACAAUGACAAAUACCUCGAUGGCAGCGAAUGCCACCGUGACAACAGAAGGACAGACCUCAAUUUGGACGACUACAUCGUCCAGCGACUCACUGACAGUUACCGUCAUCAGCUAUACUCUAUCCAUCCUGCUGUACAUGAUGUUGAACUGAGCAUUACCUGAUUCAGCCCUGGGCUAAAGCUAAGCCUGACUGUUUUACAAAGAACUGUAG